GAAGAAGAGCUGAAGAAAGCCAUUCUGGUGGUGUUUGCUAACAAGCAGGACAUGGAGCAGGCCAUGACUCCCACGGAAAUGGCCAACGCGCUGGGCUUGCCGGCGCUGAAGGACCGCAAGUGGCAGAUAUUCAAAACCUCGGCGACGAAAGGCACCGGCCUCGACGAGGCCAUGGAGUGGUUGGUGGAAACCCUGAAGAGCAGGCAGUAA